AUGGCCAUGAAUUUCGUGACCUUUAACCAGGACUACAGCUACCUGGCUGUGGCAACAUCCAAGGGAUUUCAGAUCUUCACAACUGAACCCUUUACCAAGAGCUAUGAAGCCAAGGAGGGGAAUAUUGCUGUGAUUGAGAUGCUAUUCUCAACCUCUCUUGUAGCCCUUAUCUUAUCACCCAGACGCUUACAGAUUCAAAACACCAAGCGGCAAUGCACGAUAUGUGAAUUAACAUUUCCGACAACAGUUCUUGCAGUGAAACUGAACCGCAAGCGACUUGUUAUUGUCCUUGAGGAUCAAAUCUACCUUUAUGAUAUCCAGACCAUGAAGCUUUUAUCCACUAUUGACACCUCACCAAACCCAAACGCAAUAUGUGCCCUUGCACCGUCUUCAGAGAAUUGUUACAUGGCAUACCCUCUUCCACAAAAAGCUCCUGCAGGUGCAAAUAUACCAGCGCAUGCGCCCCCUGGAGCAACGCAUGUACCACCUACGACUGGGGAUGUUCUAAUUUUUGAUGCUAUUAAGCUAGAAGCUAUCAACGUCAUCGAAGCCCACCGCUCUCCUCUGGCGCUCAUUGCACUGAAUGGCGACGGGACUUUACUUGCUACUGCCUCAGAUAAAGGAACAAUCGUUCGAAUUUUCUCAGUUCCAGAUGGCCAUAAGCUUUACCAAUUCCGACGUGGCUCAAUGCCGUCACGAAUUUACAGCAUGUCCUUCAACACCACAUCCACACUCUUGUGUGUCUCUUCAUCCACUGAGACCGUCCACAUAUUCAAGUUGACCCACCAAGGACCAUUGUCAGACGGCUCUUCAUCGCAUUCUCCUCCAGGUCGGGACCGUGGUUCUUCACCAAAUACUGGAUAUUCCCCCGUGGAGGACGAGACGUGCGGUGAUGCGGGCUCAGAUUCUUCUAUCCGAAAGCACAACGGCACUUUGAUGGGGAUGCUUCGCCGGACCUCUCAAAACGUUGGCGGCGCAGUUGCCGCCAGAAUGGGCGGAUAUCUUCCCAAGGGAGUCAGUGAGAUGUGGGAGCCAGCGCGUGACUUUGCUUGGAUCAAAUUGCCGCGAUCGAACUCUGGCCCUGGUGGGAACGCAGGCCCCGGCCCGUUGCGGAGUGUAGUUGCCAUGAGUAGUAACACUCCCCAAGUCAUGGUCGUCACCAGUGAUGGCAACUUCUAUGUUUUCAAUAUCGAUCUGUCGAAGGGUGGAGAGGGGACUUUGACGAAACAAUACUCAAUUGUUGAUUCAACCGAUAGGCUGGGCUACACUACAGAUUUUUGA